AUGCCAACAGGGAAGCUGGCUAAAUGGCAGAUGCCGUUAAGUGAGCUUGAUAUUGUGUACGUGAGCCAGAAAGAAGUCAAAGGGCAAGCCUUGGCCGAUCUUCUUGCGAAAAACCCCGUCGAUGAAGAGUAUGAGCCGCUAAGAACAUAUUUCCUCAAUGAAGAAAUAUUGUUCGUAGGGGAAGACAUUAUAGAAUCAUACCCAGGUUGGAGGUUAUCCUUCGAUGGAGUGGUAAACUUCAAAGGAUCUGAAAUUGGAGCUGUGUUGGUGUCACACUCUGCACAGUACUACCCGGUGGCAGCAAAGCUAAGAUUCAAGCACACCAAUAACAUUGCAGAAUAUGAAGCGUGCAUCCUUGGUCUCAAAUUGGCCCUCGAUAUGAACAUUCAGGAACUUUUGGUGAUUGGUGACUCAGAUUUGCUGAUUCAUCAGGUCCAAGGGAAAUGGGCCACGAAGAAUGCCAAAAUUCUGCCAUAUUUACAUCUCAUACAAAGGUUAUGCAAAAAUUUCAGAAAGAUUGAGUUUAAACACACCCCAAGGGUACAAAAUGAGUUCGCUAACGCCUUCGCCACCAUAUCCUCCAUGAUACAACACCCAGAAAGAAGUUAUAUCGAUCCGCUUGAGAUAAGUUUGAAGGAGCAACAUGCUUAUUGUUCGCAUAUGGAGGCAGAACCAAAUAGGAUGCCAUGGUACGCUGAUGUUAAGAACUACUUAGAAAUCAGAAAAUAUCCAAAAUAUGCGACGAGCAACCAAAAGAAAACAAUCCAAAGAAUGGCCAAAACUUUCUUCUUAAACAGGGAAAUACUUUAUAGAAGAACCUCUAACUUAGGGUUACUGAGACGCGUGGAUGCCGGAGAAGCCACAAGAUUGCUUGACGAAGUACAUGCUGGAGUGUGCGGACCGCACAUGAAUGGAUUCACUCUAGCAAGAAAGAUCGUACGGGCAGGAUACUUCUGGAUGACCAUGGAAAGUGAAUGUAGUCAGUUUGUGCAAAAAUGUCACCAGUGCCAAAUACAUGGAGAUUUGAUUCGAGUCCCACCAAGAGAGCUCAACGUGAUGAGUUCUCCUUGGCCAUUCGCAGCAUGGGGCAUGGAUGUUAUUGGUCUCAUCGAGCCAGCUGCCUCAAAUAGGCAUAGAUUCAUUUUGGUUGCCAUCGACUAUUUUACCAAGUGGGUAGAAGUUGCCUCAUACAAAUCUGUGACGAAGAAGGUAGUGGCAACUUUGUUCGCAACAACAUAUUAUGUCAAUUUGGGGUUCCAGAAUCCAUCAUAA